CGCUCCGGGGCACAGCGGGUACUCGGGGCCCGUCGCCGCGCGAGUCCCGCGGGUGGACGACCAGGGCCGGAAUGGAGGCGGCCGCGGUGCCGAGGAGGGACGCGCGGGGACGCGCAGCGAGUCCGCCCGGAGGCUGCCAAGAGAAGAACCCGCGGGAGAGGAAGGUGUACAUGGACUACAACGCAACAACUCCCCUGGAGCCAGAAGUCAUCCAGGCUGUGACCGAGGCCAUGCAGGAAGCCUGGGGGAAUCCCAGCAGCUCUUACACAGCAGGUAGAAGGGCCAAGGACGUUAUAAAGUCUGCGCGAGAAGCCCUUGCGAAGAUGAUAGGCGGGAAGGCUCAGGACAUCAUCUUCACUUCUGGGGGCACUGAGUCAAAUAAUUUAGUAAUCCAGUCUGUGGUGAAACAGUUCCACGAAAACCAAGCCUCAAAGGGGGACACAGUUGAGCAGCACAGUCCUGGGGAUGGGACCAAGCCCCAUUUCAUCACUUGCACAGUGGAACACGACUCGAUCCGCCUGCCCCUGGAACACCUCGUGGAAGAACAAAUGGCCGCGGUCACUUUUGUCCCAGUGUCCAAGGUGAAUGGGCAGGCAGAGGUUGAGGACAUCCUUGCAGCUGUCCGCCCCACCACGUGCCUCGUGACCAUCAUGCUGGCCAAUAAUGAGACUGGCGUGAUCAUGCCUGUCCCUGAAAUCAGCCAGCGCAUCAAAGCCUUGAACCAGAGGCGGACAGCGUGUGGUCUGCCUCGCAUUCUCAUGCACACGGAUGCUGCUCAGGCCUUGGGGAAAAGGCGUGUGGAUGUGGAGGACCUGGGCGUGGACUUCCUGACGAUCGUGGGGCACAAGUUCUAUGGUCCCAGGAUUGGUGCGCUUUACGUACGAGGGCUCGGUAAACUUACCCCCCUGUACCCUAUGCUGUUUGGAGGUGGACAAGAACGGAAUUUCAGGCCAGGGACGGAGAACACCCCCAUGAUUGCCGGCCUAGGGAAGGCAGCUGAGCUGGUGACCAAGAGCUGUGAGGUUUAUGAGGCUCACAUGAGGGAUGUCCGUGACUACCUGGAGGAGAGGCUGCAGGCUGAAUUUGGUAAGAAGAGAAUCCAUUUGAACAGCCAGUUUCCAGGGACAGAGCGGCUCCCCAACACCUGUAACUUUUCCAUCCAGGGGCCCCAGCUUCAAGGCUACAUGGUACUCGCACAGUGCCAGACACUGCUGGCCAGCGUGGGGGCUGCGUGUCACUCGGACCAUGGGGACCAGCCAUCCCCAGUGCUGCUGAGCUGUGGUAUCCCCUUUGACGUGGCCAGGAAUGCACUCCGGCUCAGCGUGGGUCGCAGCACCACCAGGGCCGAGGUGGACCUCGUCGUGCAGGACCUGAAGCAGGCAGUAGACCGGUUGGAGGCUCAGACCUAAGGUCAGGGCCUACCCUUGCCCUUGGUGGCCAGAAGGUGGCCUUGGCCACUUGCUCAUAGGAAGUGCCUUACCAGGGCACCCCGCACCUAUCCUGUCCCCUCGUGGGAGCUGCCCUGGGAUGACUGAUUUCUCCAGGUCUUUGUUCUGCCCCAGGGGCUGAGCACUGGGCAUUUGUGUGCCCUUCCUCCCUUAGACGUGGGUCUGCCUGGCUCACUGACCCCAGUCCAAUCCCUGCAAGCCCAGGGCACCAGUGCCCACAUGGAAAUAGAGUCACUUGGGCUGGUCCACACUCCCCACAGGAAUCAGGCCAGCCUGUUGGAGCACCCCAUCAUGGAAGGCGGUGGUUUAUCUGGAGAUAAAAUUCAAGUCUCUACUCCAUUGUCACUUGGGUGCGUCAUAUAAAUAGGAAAGUUUCUUGCUUGGCUCAUGGUUAAUAUGCCAUUUGCAGAGCAGUCUUCCUGGGCCCUUCCUAACCUUUCCAAAGGCAGCCUCGAUGGGCCCUGCCAUCCUCUUCCCCUGACCUCAGUAUUCAGUGACCUCUGCCCACUGGGUGGAGGCCGUGGCCCAUCUUGCCUCCAAUACCUGACUGUCCUGAGGCCUCAUGCACAGCAGGACGCCCUCCGGCAGACAUGCUCUGCUCACAUCCCUCCCCAUCUUCUCCCCUCUCAUUUCCUCAGGGAUUCCACUCAGUGUUGCUGACAGGGUGGCACUUCAUGUGCCAUGUCAGAUCAUCCCUAACUCGGCUUUCGUCUUAUUUGCAAAAAGUUCUUCAUCUUCACAGGAUGUGCGGCACACACAUCCCCUGCUGGUAUUUUCAUAGGAAUGAUUUUCAGGGAAUAAUGUUUUUAAUGUGUGGUUUUAAGGUACAUAGACCUACAUGAUGGCACUGAGGAAGUGAUUGUCAGAAGCUAAAUGAACUAAUAAA